AUGUUUUUUGUCUUCAGGAAGGGCGACGCCAGGCAGGCGCCCGUGGGUGUUCAAGGCAUCCAGAAGCUACGUCAUUAUCAUCAUCAUCAUCAACAGCUGAACCGGCGGGAUCGCUACGCUGACGUCGCUGAAAAGGCUGAAGGCGGUGGAGUCUUUUAUAACAAGGUCUUCCGUAGGAGGUCCUUCGAGAUCAGGACACGGCCCACUCGUCCGCCCGUGCGUCCGGAGCGGCACGAGACGUGCGACGACGACAUGGACUGCCGGCGCUCUUCGAGCCAGAUCUGCAUCAAGCGGGCACGGGAGCCCAAGGGCCGCUGCCAGUGCCCCUUCUACCGCCCCGUCGAGGUCGCCUUCAACGGAGUCGUGCGCUGCGUCACCGCCAAGGACCUGUUCGACGAGUGCCGCGCCACGGAGGAGUGCACGGUGAGCAACCGGUACCUUCAGUGCGCGAACCGGCUCUGCGUCUGCACCGCGCCCUACGUCCUCAGCCAGCACGACGAGUGCGGUCCAGGCACUGGAGUGCGUAUCUGGCUCGCCUGGGUCCUCCCCAUCGCGGUCGUCCUCCUCGGUGCGGUGUCCUGCGCCGUUACUAGACGGUGA